AUGCAAUUGUUACGCAUCACUACUUACACGUUUAUUACGUUUACUACACUUUUAUGCUUCACGGAAGCAGAUUGGUUUGAUGAUUUAGUAAAUGGCUUACAUAGUAAGCUUGUCUCUGGUGCUGAUUAUAUCAAAGAUAAAGCCGCUCCAACGGUACGUGAAACGUUUGAUGACGCUAAAGCUAAACUAAAAGACCCUGAAACACAUCGACGUAUUCAGGAUUGGAUUAAUGAUGAAGCUAUUCCAGCUAUAAAAGCAAAAGUUAAUGCAUUAAUUAGUUUUAUGAAGAAAGAAGUGGUGCCCGAAUUGCAAGAAAUCAAGAAGGCAUAUGAUAUUGCAGCUGAAAGUGAUAAUAAUGAUAAGAAAAAAUCAAGUUAA